AUGAAGGGCCCUCGUCCGCUUGGCGUCGUAAUAAAGCUCGGGACUAGUUCUAUCGUAGACGAAAAGACCCAUGAGCCUCUCCUCUCGAUCCUGACGUCGAUAGUAGAGACGGCUGUCAAGUUGAGGAAAGAUGGGCACAAGGUCAUAAUAGUUUCCUCCGGAGCCAUCGGGGUAGGGCUCCGGAGGAUGGACGUUGAGAAGCGGCCCAAGCAUCUGUCAAAACUGCAGGCCCUGGCAGCCAUUGGCCAAUGCCGCUUGUUGAGUCUCUGGGACAGCUUGUUCAAUCACCUGCGGCAGCCCAUUGCCCAGAUUCUCCUGACAAGAAGUGAUAUCGCCGACAGAUCAAGGUAUCUCAACGCUCAGAGAACCAUCAACGAGUUGUUAGAGAUGGGCGUGAUCCCCAUCGUCAACGAGAACGACACGCUGGCCGUGUCGGAAAUCAAGUUUGGCGACAAUGACACCCUCUCGGCCAUCACUGCCGCCAUGGUCCACGCCGACCUCCUCUUCCUCAUGACCGAUGUCGACUGCCUGUAUGACAAGAACCCGCGCACAAAUCCCGACGCACAACCGAUCGAAGUGGUGGAAGACAUCGGAUCACUCGUAGCAGAUGUCUCAACUGCCGGCUCCUCCUUGGGGACUGGGGGCAUGUCUACAAAGAUCGUUGCCGCCCGCCUGGCGACCUCGGCCGGCGUGACAACCGUCAUCACACGGUCCUCAAGUCCAGGCAACAUAGUUAAGAUCGUGCAGCACAUCCAAGCCAGCCGCUCACCACCUUCCCCGGCGACCAAGGCUAACCAGCCAGCCGAAUCAUCCACCGACAACCAGCAGCAGCAGCAAAAUACCGAAGCCCUUGUCCACGCCACGGUGGACGCUGCUACCACCACCACCACCACCACCAACAACCACUCCAAAAUCCCGCUCCACACACGCUUCCUCCCCUCCCCACACCCCGUCCGCGACCGGUACUUUUGGAUCCUGCACGGCCUCCGUCCGCACGGGACCAUCUACAUCGACCAGGGGGCGUACAAAGCACUAAUCGGGAAAGCCGGGCUGCUGCCGGUCGGGGUGGUUGACGUGGAAGGGGUGUUUGCGCAGCAGGAGGCGGUGCGGCUGUGCGUAGUCGACAGGAAAAAGAACAGCCACAACAACAACAACAACAACAACAACGGGACAGUGUCAACAACAACAGCGGACGACAGCGGAAGCGGUAAAUCAUGGGAAGGCGUCGCACACGAGGUGGGCAGGGCGCUGACCAACUACUCCAGCGCCGAGAUUGCGCGGAUCAAGGGACACCAGAGCACCGAGAUUGAGAAGCUGCUGGGGUAUGCUGAUAGUGAGUAUGUCGCGCAGAGGGAGAGUAUUAGUUUUUUUGCGGGGUCGGCGAGGGGGAGUAGGCCGGCUACGCCGGUUACUGUUAGGGAGGUGCUGGAUGUGAGGGGGUUGGGGGGGUAUGAAGGGGAAGGGGCGGUUUUGUGA